ACACCAUUUCUUCAUAUUUAUAAAAAAAGGCGUGGCAAAAUCUAUAUUGAACUCACCAGCUAUGAAAAUUGUGGCACUGUCAUCGCGGAUUUUCAGUAGAAUUCGUUCCAUUUUUUCUAAAAACACAUGCAUAUCACCAGACGGUGGUCUAUAUAUUGACAACAUUAUGACAACUCCCACCCUCAUAUAAACUGCACUCCCACCAUGCUUCCCUUGUUUUCAAAAACACGAUGCUAACUUGAAGUUCCUAAUUCCAUAGUUGAUAAUUUGGUAUUGACUCUUCCAGUGUUCAGUGAUGCAAAUGAAUUUACAGUCACUAUUAUUUGCUAUCAUCUAGUUUACCUCAUUUAUUGAGUUUUCACGCGACAGGACGUUUUGAUGGAAUAGAGCUAUUCUGUUGUAUUCCUCCAUUUGCUUGAGAGAGCCAUAGGUGUCAGACUCAUCAGUAUCAAUUUGUUCCCUGUUUAUGUUUGAAAAUCCUGUCUGUAAUUGAUCUUAUUUCUAAACCUCCUAAUUCUCGAUGUGUAGACUGGACAUUUUGGGUCGCGGGCAGAGUGAUUAAGGUCACUAUAUUUCAUUUUUCGGCAAUUUACACAUUAAAGAUCAUGUUCCUGACAGCUGGUGGCUUCAUGGUUACCUAAACAUUUGUAGCAACAUGUCUGCUGUUUGCAGUACUUAGCAAUGUGUCCAAAAUUUGAGCAUUUAAAACAGAUUGCCAAAUUAAUGUGUUCUUUAACAUAGACUCUUACCAAAUCGAAGUCUAUCUGACCACGUUUUAAGAACCACUUAGCAAUUUCGGGCGGUGCUUGUAAAAUCCAGUUUUCUUUAUGUGGUUUAAGGCCGUUCUUCUUUGUAACGACCUUGAUUUUAUCUGUGACACUAUAGUUUAAUUCAGCUUCAAUUUCAUUAUUCAUCCUUAUGAGCUCAUCUAUGAAUUCUUUUGACUCAUAUCCUUUUUCAAUUCCUGUGACCAUGAACAUAGGAUCGAUUCCAUCUGAUGUUUUGAUUGUUAUGUCUUUCUUAUCUUUCAAUAUAUUUUUCAGUUUCUUUUGUUGGCUUUCAGUGUGGCUUUUUACUAUUACUGCCCCUGAUUGUAAUUACCUAAUAUUUUUAAAGCCCCCUUCAGUAUCCUUUUGCGUCUUGUUUAAGUCUACGUAGGACCACCUUACGAUUUUCUGUUUCUUCCACUCUUAUGAUUGACUCAUGUUUCCGAUUUUCUGGUGGAGUCGUCCAUGGUCCUUCCACUUUGCUUAUUGGUUAUUUGGUUGUACUUACUGUCUUUCCACCUACAAUACUGGUAUAACUUCUUGGUUGUACUAUUUGAGUUCUACUAGUCUCUUGAUUUCCUUGCACGUUCGAUAGGCUUCCACUAGCUUCCGUGUGUGUAUACUUUGGCUGGGUGUUUUCUAUUCUAGCUGCUAACAUUACAUUCUCUUUUUCUAGCUGACUGACUUUGUACACAACUUAUGUCAGUAAUUUUUGUAUAUUCAUAGUGGCUUGUACGAUGCAUGUUUCAUCCUGUCUGUUGAAAGGAGUUAGCAUCAUGUCUCUAUCGAUGCGCCUGCUUAUGGUAUCAAUUUCAUCAAAAAAGUUUUUAAUUAAUUCUUCCAUCAUACAGUUUUUCACUUCAUGACAGCCUUUUACUAACAUUUUCUGCCACUGGACUAGAUUGCGAUCUGGGUCUUUUACCUUUUUCAAUGUUAGGGUGAUAUUCUGUAAGAACGUUCACGUGGCUUCUAUGGUAUUCUUGGCUUACUUUAGGUGAAGUACGAGAAAUUGAGGAUUUUGGUUUGAAUAUUGCGUCAACAUAAUACGUUGUAUCAUUUUUGUUAUCUUAUUUUGUGUUAUCACCUGUUAGAUUUCUUUCAUGCAGGCUUACAAUUUCGUCAGUACCACACCUUUUUGCACUAACUUUUAUCUCUGUUGCUUUUAUUGGGAACCUGGUCACUGCCAAGGAUUAUUUGAUUUAUCUCUUCUUUUUGUAAGGUAAGUGUGCCCCUCUUUUUCAGUUCUUCUUUUAAAUUUGGAUCCAUUCUUUAGGUUGGAUGAAGUUGUGUACAAUUGUACAUUCUUUUCAACACACUAACACCACUUUGCAAUAGAUUAUUUACACUAGGAACUACAAAAAACGACCAAAAAACGAGAGCGACUAAAAACACGUCAAACCGUAACGAGCGAACGUGCGAGUACCACUCUAGAUAUAUAGAUGUACAGUAACAAAACAUACAAAAUCUGCACAAAAUUCAAUGGCGUCAUCUAAAUUGUAUUUUUCCACAUAAUCUAUAAUACAGUUCUUUUCACAGUUUUUGGCAGGUCAGAGACAUACUUUUUUAUUGUUUUAUUAUAUUUUCGAAAAUUUUGUCUCAACUCAUGAAUUUUCUGCCAUUAUGCACUGUCAGUGUGAAAACUCUCUUGUCAUCAUUGUGUAAUUUGAGUUGACCUCUGAUUGACCUACCAUAUAAAGUGUAGUAAUGCCUGGAUUUACAAUUAGUGAGCAAUCUUGACGGUUUGUGGUAGAAUUGGAGUAUUAACAAAAAAUGAAUGAAAAGAACAGCUUGUUGUACCCACUACAUGAAGAUCAGUUUGUGCAGUAUUCUAGGAAAAAUAAGGUAUAUCCAUGACAUGGAUAAAAAAGCUGUGAAACGUGUGAAUGUCAUGCUAAAAAGAACAAAAUCUGCUAAUCAGUCAGUAAUUGAUGAUGCUGUGGAUGAGGACAAUACUGCUGUCACCCUUGCUGGGCCAAUGCAACCAGAUGAAGAUGAUUAUGGGUAUGUAUCACAUGAGGCAUCCGCCUUCUACAACAAGAUGAUGGAAAAAUACAGCAAACUGCCAAACAAGCAAACAUUUGAUAUGACAAAGAAGAAGGUGAACAUGAAUUUGAGUAGCACCAAGGAUAGGGUAAAAGCUGCCUUGGAGAGAGAAAAAGAAGAAGCGAUGAUGCCUCACAAGCGAAAACGGAAACAUAAAUGCAAGAAGGAUGAUGAUGAUGAUGAAGAGGGAGUCAGUUAUGAUGCUCCAGAAAGAGGUACCAAGGAUGAUGAUGUUGAAGCUGCACCUCCUCCUAAGCCUAAGCCUAGGCCGCCAGCUCCUCCACCAAUGAAAUUUGAAGAUCUUCUGAAAAUAGCUGAAAAGAAACAACAUGAACCGAUAAUAAUAGAGAAGAAAGAAAAGGAAGCAGAAAAACUGCUGACAAAGAAGCAAAAGAGGGAAAUGGAAAAGGAGCAGGAAUUUUUGAGGCGGAAACAGGAAAGAGAAGCGGAAAGAUUGCGUUAUGGCACGGAAAAACCGAAUAGAAUUGCAAAAUCAAGUGAUCGAAACAAUACCAGCGAUGGUGACAGGCCACCACAAACAAAAAUUCCGAAAAUUGCUGAAGAUAGAAUUCCAAAAGCUACAGCUACAAGUAAAUCAAAGUCCACAGCUUUUGGAGAUGCGUAUAAAAGUCAAUCUGAUAGCUUUAAGAAGCCAUACAAUUCUAAACUACCACCAAGUCCAUCGACACAAAAAACCGUCACAUCAAACACACAGAAAGACCUACAAAAAUACGUUCCAAGUUCAAAACCAAUUGAGGCAUCCAGAUCAACAUCUGGGUUGAAGAACCUUACAUGUGAUGCCAAACAAAAAAAGCCCAUGACAGAGCCCAAUAAGUAUGGGUCAGAGAACACUAAAGCUGCUCGAAAAUAUUUGCCAGGUGACAUUCGAGCCAAGGGACCAGAAGAUAUUAGAAAACUAUCCGAGGAAGAACCAAAACGAAAAUAUCUACCUGGUGACAUACGAGCAAAAGGCCCAGAAGACCUAAGAAAGCUCUCUGAAGAAGAUGGUAGACCUGCCAAGAAGUACCUACCGGGAGAUAUAAGAGCUAAGGGUCCAGAAGCUAUUAGAAGGUUAUCUGACAAUAGAAAAUUGGACGUAAGGAAAUCUGAGGUUAAAGGUGUAAAUAGGAGGCCAGAUGAUGUUAAAUCUAGUAAGAGUCCAGAAGAAAUGUGGUCAAUGAAGAGGCCAGAAGAAAUGAAGGCUGCUAAGAGACCGGGAGAAGUAAGACCUACCAAGAGGCUAGAAGAAGUGAAAUCGAGACCUUUCCCAUCUAAUGAUUUGAAGCCAAAACACUUUCCUCCGCCAGAUCUUAGAAGGUUUGCACCACCAAAAAAGAAACCUGUAAUGGCAAAUAAAAGAAGAAUAUUGGAUGACGACGGUGAAGAGGAAUACGACUCAGAGAUGGAUGACUUUAUUGAUGACGACGAGGGGCCCGAUAAUGAUUAUUCCAAAUAUAUCAGUGAAAUAUUUGGAUACGAUAAGUCAAGGUACAGAGAUAUGGACGAAGACGUUGACAAUAUGGAGUCUUCAUUUGCACAACAAAUGAGGGAGGAAGUCAUCAGCACCAAAAUAGGUAUAAUGGAAGAUCUGGAAGAUAUGAAAAAAGAAGAGGAAGAGAAACGGAGGAAACUUAUGAUGAAAAAAAGAGGGAAACUGUGAAUGGAAAUGCAAUCAGUAUAGCCUUAGAAAAUGUGAUUUGUUUUAUAUUGCAAUCAUGCCACUUUGUAUGAGUGUGAUAUACUAUUUGUUAUGCUAUUUCUUUAUGUAUAUUUUGGAAUAAAAUUUAAUUUAUUUAUACCCAC